UCGGAGUCAGAGCUACUGUGACUUUCAGUUUGAUUUCAUGAGAAGUCGCCCUCAGACACAGCUGCGGAUCAUUCAGGCGAUUCAGAUGAGUGCACAGAAAGACACGCAGUUGAACAAGGACGAGAAGAUUGUAGACGUCAUGGGGAGCACGGAAGUGCCUCCAUGUCCAUCUCCAUCAUUGUCGCCUUCGUCCUCAUCCUCAUCUCCUUUUCCUUCCACCUCGCCUCCUCGUCCUUCUCCGGCAGCACUUCCUUCCAAACCUGGGAACAGUUUCAUAGACCUUACCCACAGCGAACAGCAGUCUGGCUCAGCUGAUAAUAGUGAUAAUCCUUCUCACGCAUCAGGUUUGGAUCCACCAGAAGAUUCCAGAACCCCAGUGCAGGAGACAAAUUUUGCGACCACAUACACCCCAGACAGUCAGGACGGGGAGCCGGAGAGGCGUGAGGAUGAUGAAAAGCUGAAUGAACCAGUACAGGAGAGUCAAGACAGAGAAGAGGGGGAGACUGAUGUGGGGGGGCAGGAUGGGGUGGGCUGCAUGGGAGGUAAAGAAGAGCCUGACAAUACCAGCAAGUGACACGAUAAUAGCUGGGACAAUGAUCUUCCUGCUCAGUUACUCCUGCUGUACGGUUAAUGCUGCAUCCACUGCAAACUCUACUCUGGGAGAUUUGGCAAAUUUUAACAAAAUCAUCAAUAUCACCUUUAAGGCUACUGAUAGAAGGAGAUACAAAGACAACACACACAAACAGAUAUGAAUAUCAAUAAACACUAUACUGUGAACUACGUACGAUGUACGCCCAGUCCUGACAUCUUUAAGUGUUGCUUGAUUUGUCACCUUUGCUGCAUAGUAUUUUUAAAAGUCGUCUCCACCAGCACCAGUAUUUAAAGGCAUGGAUUGUUUGCAUCAUUCCUGUCAUCAGCAUGUACAACAUGAAUAAAUAUUGCAAAAAU